AAUAGAACCAUCACGUUCUUCCCGUGGGCCCACUUGGCAGCGGCUACAAGGAGGCGAAACCGCGAUUCCAACGCGUCCACACCACGCGCCGCCGCUUCCUUCCGGCGCCUUCCACGGUUUUCUCCUCUCCCUCUCUCCUCUCCGGCGAUGGCGAAGGCGGCGAGUUCCGGUGGCAUAUCCGGCCAGCUCUUCGUGUCCAUCAAGCUGGAGUGCCCGCGCCUGGAUGAGUUCGGUCUCGUCCCGCACGUCUUCGGCUCGCACCCGGUCGCAGGCUCGUGGGACCCCUCCAAAGCCCUGCCGAUGGAGCAGGAGGAGGCCGCCGUGUGGGGGCUCAGCUGCGUCGUCCCUUAUCACCACGAAGCACUGGAUUUCAAGCUUCUAUUGAAGCCAAAAGACAAUAGCUCACAGUGCAUUGUUGAGGAGGGGCCAGACCGAUCACUGGUUUGUGAAAAUAAUGAGGUGGAAGCUAGGAGUGCAUUGUUUAAAGUCAAUGAUGAAACGGGUGUGGUUGAAUGUAAGGUUUUUUUGGAGACAGAAAUGUUGUCCCCAUUUGACCUGGCUGCUAGUUGGAAGACUCAUCAGGAGUAUAUCCAGCCAAAGGUGCGAGGAGCCCAUGAUGUCACUAUGAAUGCUGAGUUUGAAUCCAGAACGAAGAAUGGCUUCGCUUCUGGUUUGGAGCUUGAUUUAGAGAAGUAUCUAGUUCCGACACCAAACAUGGGCUCAGGUGUUGUUUAUGCAGCUAACUUGACUGAAAAUCCCCGCUCGCUAUUGACUACUGGGAUUUCCUCAAACAAUGAUACCACAAAGGGCAUUUUGCACAACUCAAUCAAAGGCGAUGCAUCCACGAACCUUUAUGCUAGUGCAAACAAGGGUGCAGAUGGGAGACAUGUGCCUCCACAGGAGGAACAAAGGACGAUCUUUGUUGACAGAGGUGUUGGCUCACCGAAAUUUGCAAGACCCACAAAUGAAACAAUUUCAAUGAGCAACACCAAGAUCAGUUCUGAAGCAAAGCAGGACAUGCCAGCAGCCGAAGGGGCUGUUGCAGCAGCAGCUGUAGCUGAUCAGAUGUAUGGACCAAAGGAGGAUCGCAAGUUGGCAAUUGUGCUGGUUGGAUUGCCAGCCCGUGGUAAGACCUUUACAGCAGCUAAGCUUACAAGAUAUCUUCGGUGGUUAGGUCAUGAAACAAAACACUUCAAUGUUGGAAAGUACCGCCGACUCAAGCAUGGCGUUCAUCAGACUGCUGAUUUCUUCCGUGGAGAUAACAAAGAAGGUGUGGAAGCACGCAAUGAGGUGGCAGCUCUAGCAAUGGAGGACAUGCUAUCUUGGAUGCAGGAAGGUGGCCAGGUUGGUAUCUUUGAUGCCACGAACAGCACAAGAAGCCGGAGAAAUAUGCUGAUGAAAAUGGCAGAAGGAAAGUGUAAGGUCAUCUUUUUGGAAACAAUAUGCAAUGAUCAGGAUGUUAUCGAGAGAAAUAUGCGCUCGAAAGUUCAACGAAGCCCUGAUUAUGCGGAACAGACUGAUUUUGAAGCUGGUGUACGAGAUUUCAAAGAGAGAUUGGCCUAUUAUGAAAAGGUAUAUGAACCAGUGGAUGAAGGCUCAUAUAUUAAGAUGAUUGAUAUGGUUAGUGGGAGUGGCGGCCAAUUGCAGAUCAAUGAUAUAAGUGGUUACUUGCCCGGCCGGAUUGUUUUCUUCUUGGUGAACUGUCAUCUUACACCACGUCCCAUCCUGCUAACUAGACAUGGUGAAAGUUUAGAUAAUGUCAGAGCACGAAUCGGAGGAGAUUCAUCUUUGAGUGAGACCGGGUUGCUUUAUUCAAGGAAGCUUGCCAGCUUUAUAGAGAAACGGCUGGCUUCUGAGAGGACUGCAUCUAUAUGGACUAGCACACUUCAGAGGUCAAUAUUAACAGCACAUCCAAUCAUUGGAUUUCCAAAGAUACAAUGGCGUGCUCUUGAUGAAAUAAACGCUGGCAUCUGUGAUGGGAUGACAUAUGAGGAAAUAAAGAAAAUUAAACCUGAAGAAUAUGAAUCACGUAGCAAGGACAAGCUAAGGUAUCGUUAUCCUAGAGGAGAAUCCUACCUCGAUGUCAUUCAAAGAUUAGAACCUGUAAUUAUUGAGCUUGAACGGCAGCGUGCUCCAGUUGUAGUCAUAUCUCACCAGGCUGUGCUAAGAGCACUAUAUGCAUAUUUUGCGGAUAGACCACUGGAGGAACUUCCUAACAUUGAGAUACCGCUUCAUACAAUAAUUGAGAUACAAAUGGGUGUUGCUGGUGUUCAAGAGAAAAGAUACAAACUCAUGGACGCAGUGAACCCCACAGCAGGGAUUUAGGACAUGACACGUGGAGCUGAAAUCCUAAAAGAAAUCCGCCUAAUAAAUUUCUUUCUUCUGAUGAACUUUGCAAAUCUCCCCAUGCAUUACUUAACAUCCAUGGGAAGUAAAACUAUUGUUGUGGACAAUUAACAUGGCUGGUUCAGGUCAUAGACGGCCUCAAAUUUUGAAUGGAUAUGUGGGUAUGUACUAAGGUUGGCAACUGCAGACUAACGCUCAGAUAGCACUGUAUUCCGGCCUUCUGAGUUCUAAAUUUGUUUGCUGAGGAUUCGCAUGUACAUUUUCAAUUCUUGUGAUCAAUGUGGGUUACUUCCAAAAAAAAUGUUCAGUUCGUUGCUAUCAAUUUGCCUUGUCAAACGGCCGGGUGUAUGCAUUUAUUUAUAUUACU